AAUGUCGUGGUUCGCGCUAAUACUUGUCAAGAUCGGAUUCCGCUAGUCGUUUGCAGCCAAAGUACUUCCCUGACGGUGCCGAGGUGGUAGGCGCAGGUUUUUCGGGUCGGCGCUGAGUUCAGCGCAGCUCGGAACUGUGUGGCGCUGAGUCGGGGAAAGGAACAGAAGCACGCUAGUAGCAGAACGGCAAGCGGGCGACAAGCAGGAAGCCAAAAAAGUCACUCUGGACUUUGGACCCCAAAAACACCACAGUGAUUUUAUAAUCGUUGAGGGACGCGUAGGGACGAAGUCAAAAUUCGAUUACGGAUUCGUUAUUUCGAACCGUAGCAGAGAUCGAUAAUAAGCGACGUGCGUUCCACUCAACUUCAAUGAUAGAAUCUUAAUAAACUGUUAUAGUUUGUAAUUGUAUACUUUGUACUUGUACGAUAUGUUCUAUAAUUGAAAGAGAUUUGAAAAUGAGUGCUAUUAUGCUAAGUGCGGCAGUAUAGUGUGCCUAAGCUUGCAACGCGAAUGUUCGAAGAGCUGCGGCAGUUCGGGUUGGACCGCCAUGACUUUCCGACGCUUUUGAGGAAUGUAUCCACACUGCUGCGUAUGCUGACGCUGAACAUCGACAGCCGGAAUACCAAACGAAUACCAUUUAUCUUCUACGUGUGGACGCUGGUAGCUCUAUCCUGCUACGUCUAUGGUUUCCCAAUAUCCGUCUUCUGGUUUAUCUUCAUUCGGGACGUAGAAGAAGAACUGUUGAAGCAAAGAAAAAUCAUAGCAUUCGCUCAACUGACUGUCUGUACGGGGUCCGUUACCACGUUUUUGUAUAUGUAUUGGAAUAAAAAUAAACUAAAAAGGAUUAUAGACGCGUAUAUUCUCUGCGACUCUAAAGUAGUACCCAACAGCAGGAUGUCCAGAAACAUCAAAGGGACCUUGAAGUCAGUCAAAAAAAGGGCAUUAAUUUUUUGGAUCUUCAUCAUGAGCCAAGUUGUAAUUUACCUUACGGUUCGACCCCUGAUUGUUGACAGAAAUUCUACGAAAGAUUAUCAACUUUUGUGGGGUCUUGAUCCAAUAGUCGAAACACCUAACUUUGAAAUUUCACUUUUUGUCAUAACGAUGAUCUCGACAGUAUCUGUGUUUGCACCCCUCAACAUGCUAGUCCUUCUCAUGGUCAUCGCCGGCUACUCCGAAGCCCACAUGUUAGCCCUCAGCGAGGAGCUGCUGUAUCUAUGGGAAGACGCCGUAAUCGACUAUCAGAUGCAGCCCUCAAAAGAGGAAUCAAAUCAGAUCACCUCAAUGGACGAGUUUGUAAAACGCCGUUUAGAUAACAUAAUAAAAUCUCACGCGCAAAGUAUACAAAUGUUCCAGCUAGUUGACGACUUGUUUAGAAAUGGAAUUGCUAUUCAAUUCAUAUUGAAUUCAAUAUCUCUCGUAGCUUGUCUGAUGGGAGGCUUGGAGAACACAUAUGCGCAAACCCCUUUCACUUUAAUGGUAGUAGGCAUGGGCUGUUACACGGGUCAGAAUCUGAUGGACGCCAGCUUCACUUUCGAGGCUGCUGUCUAUCGUUGCAAAUGGGAAAAGUUUGACAAUAAUAACAUGAAAUCAGUGCUGUUGAUGCUGCGAUGCGCGCAGAAAACUAUGAAGUUGUCAGCGGGGGGAGUGGCUUCCUUGAGCUACGCGUGUUUCACUUCCAUUGCCAGGAGUAUCUACUCUGUGUAUACUGCGUUUCAAUCAAGGGAUUAAGAGACAGGAGAGACAAAAGAAUUGGCAACGUAAACGUUUUUACCACAUAGAUUAGUAUAAUAAAGUAGUCAAAGUAGCUCUGGAUUUACGCGGAACCUCGUGCAGACACGGAAGACCCCCCCUACUACCUGGUGGACGACCACCAGGUCGUCAGGAGGUCCAGAGACCUGAAAUCUUUUAAUUUAAAUGAAAGAAAAUGACAGAGAAGGCCGAACCCAAGUAGGUAAAUGGGAUAAAGUCCAUACAGAGGAAGAAUGGAUUAGUAUAAUAUAUACCUAUUGACAUGCUUUUGAUUGAACUUCGCGCACAAGAUCAAAACCUUCACAUAAUGUUA